UUAUAAAACGAAGCAACUAAGCUGCCAAUUCACAGUAACUUGAUACGAGCACGAUGUCGGUUAAAACCCUAUUGGCUUUCGCAGUUUCGGCAAUUGUGCUCCUUGAGGCAAAAAGCGCCAAUCUUAGAAUAACAGGUGGCGAGGAUGCAUCUCUAGGACAAUUUCCCUAUGAAGUAGCCAUCAUUAUCGAAGACUUGACAGGUGCAUGCGCUGGAUCUUUAAUUUCUGAAGAAUACGUAUUGACAGUUGCCGAUUGCCUUGAACUGGAUGGAGACUGGAUCGUAGUUUUGGGUGCCAAGGACAUUAGUGUAGUCGAACCCGGCCAAAUAAGACAGAAAAUAUCAAAGGAGAAUUACAUCAUCCACGAAAAUUUCACCUCCUUCGAAGAACAUAACAUUGCCCUAAUUAAGCUUCCACAACCAGUACAGUACAACGAUUUAAUCCAACCCAUUAAGCUUACAGAUAGCCAAAGAGAUCUGGCCGGUGAAGUUGGAGUUGUCGCAGGUUGGGGUACGUCUUAUGGUGCCCAAAUAAUAGCUUCUCCGGUUUUACAAUGGACAAACAACACUUUUCUUACAUACGAGCAAUGUAUAUACGAUCAUCCGAUCUUCACCGAAGCACUUCGCGAUGAGCAUGUUUGUUUGGCACCAGACUACUACAAGGCGCCGUGCGUUGGCGAUGCGGGAAGUCCAAUAGUAGUAAACGGAGAGCAGGUAGCUCUCGUUUCUUAUGGAUAUUUCAACUGUUUCUUAUUUAAGCCGAACGUGAAUACCAGAAUUUCAGCGUAUCGGGACUGGAUUAAAGAAAAGACGGGCAUAUAAGCGUCGUUGUUGUUCGAAAUGUAAUGACAUAAAUAAAUAAAAAUAAAAUAGAUAACUGUAGCAGCAUCACCUAACGUCUUACCAUAAGAUUUGAAAAAAUCUCAAAUGGUUAAAAUAAACACGGUUUGAGUU